GGAUUUCUAGUCUAGUCUUAAAUCCAGUCACCUUCUAUACAAAAACUUUUGUUAGUAUUCACAGAACGAAUAAAUGAGGACAUGUAGAUCUACAAUUUGGGCUCCUCAUUUUAUUUUUUGUUUCAUUUUGUGUUAAUCAUUCUUUUAAUUGAUAUGAUUAAGAGUCGGAUAUAGGUCUGAGACAGCAAAACUGGUCUGAAACAAAUAGAUUUAGGCUAGAAUAUUUUUAAUAUUACAGAUCAACUGGAUGUAGGCUGAAUUUGGACGUCCUGCCAGCAAAGACUGAGAGUGAGAGAGAGAGAGGAAAAGGAAAUGCCAUGGACAGGAUAAAAGUGAUAAGCGGCAAAGUUGCCAGGGGGGCUUUUCUGGCAGUCGGUGUACCAUAUGGCAUCGCCAUUAUUACAAACAUUGCAUUGGGAUGGCCUUGCAGUCAACAAGGGGAGGAUAAGUAUAAAAGAGCACUGAACCCCUCCAGAGUCCUCAAAGUCAGCUAUGCCGUAGCAGAACAGUUCACUCUAGUAAGAUUCCUCCCUCUGAAUAUCAAGUGGAGUCUGUUGUAUAGAGCUGGAAACAAAGUUAUGAAGGAUGUCGAGUUUGGGGUGAAUGGCAACACUUUGGAUGUUUGGACGCCAUAUUCGACCAGUAAUACGUACCCUGAACCCACCCGACCAGUCAUGGUCUUUGUCUAUGGAGGAGCUUGGGGGUCAGGAGACAAGGCCAUGUAUGGGUUGUUGGCUCAAGAAAUCAUGGAUAAUCUUGGGGCUCUUGUGGUGAUACCAAACUACAGCAUUUAUCCAAAGGGUGAUGUGAAGGAGAUGAUUCGUGAUGUCCACGACACCAUCGCGUAUAUAAAAUCACCUAGCUUCCAUGAGACGUUUCAUGAUGUCGAUCAGAAUAAGAUUAUUCUCUUUGGACAUUCUGCCGGAGCACACCUUUGUGCCCAAUCAGUGAUAGAGCUAGCUGAAGGGCUUCUAGAGAGGAGUGCAUCAGAUCGGCCAGCAGAUGGCAUCAAAGUUGAAGAGAGGGAUGGGAUGACAGAAGUAGACACUGCAAAGUUGCUGGACAGUUCUGCGUUUUCACCGAGCGAGCUUCUCUCGUCGAUCAGAGGGGUGGUUGGAGUGGGCGGGGUCUAUCAGAUCAUGGAUCACUACCACCAUGAAUCCUGGCGAGGGGUGGAGGAUCUCUCCCCCAUGUGGAGAGCCAUGAACGGUCUGGAGAACUUUGAUCAUUUCUCCCCGACGGAGAGGGUUUUAAAGAUGUCACAGGAACAGAUAGAAAGAUUGCCUCCCAUCUACCUCAUCCAUGGCACCGAUGACAAGGUCGUCCCUCUUUCCUCCACCGAGAAGUUUUCCACAACACUCACCGAGAGGGAUGCAGAUGUGACAGUCCGACUAAUAGGAGAAGGGGGCCAUGCAGAACUUAUCAUGGAUAUGAUGGAGCGUGGGAGGAAGUUUUAUGACGUAAUGAUGAACCUCAUCACAUUGGAGUUUGCUGAUAAGGUGUUUAAAUAAUGCAACUAAAGGACUGCAGGGACAUGUUUUAUGAAAGCAUAACAGGUCUAGCUCAAUGCCAUCUCUAUGGAAAGCCAAGCUGAACAAUAAUUGUGUGUAGAAGAGACAUAAUUGUGCUGUCCACGUGCCAAUCCUAUUCUUCUGCAUUUUGUCCAUUCAGCGUAUUGUCUAGCUUGGUUUUCAGUAGAGGUGGCAUCAAGCUAGAGUUAUUACGCUUUAAUUAUACAAGCCUGAGGAGUAUUCUAGAAGUGUGUGAACUAAUUUGCCAUUGCAACUAUUCCAAGAUGUCUAUUUGAUUGAUAUGCAAUGACAAAUAAUGAAUCUGUAGCAAAUGACUAAGUGAUCAACAGUAUUCAGAAACCAAUGGAAGGCUUGUGAUCUUUUACACAGUGAGUGUAUUGAAAUAUCAGUGGCUAAAACCACCAUAAUAGUAAGUUGAUCAAAAGAGAAAAAUUGUAAUGAGUAUUUCUCUUUGUUUUUCCAAUGAUGUUCAACUUGGUUUAACUCCUUGAAGAUGUGGAAUGCCUGUGUUGUAACUGUAUGAUUUUAUCAAGAGCUUCCAUAUUACCAAAUCCAAGUGUUGAAAUAUUUUAUAUAUUUCAUAUUAAUUACAAAAGAAUGAAAUGGUGAGCAUUUGACCAGGGAGCCGUUUCAUAAAGCUAUUGCACACGACUAGUGACCCAUUCUUUUUACUCAAUGAGAUAAAUAACCCAAAGUUUUCAUUUUCAACAUAAUAGAGCGCAUUUCCUAUAAUCCUAAUCAAAUUUUGAAACAUUGAAUUCAGAUGUAUAAUUUCAAUCUAAAAAGAUUGGAUUUCAAUUCAACCUUAAAUGAUUGAAAUUGA